CUUCUGGAGCGCCGUAAGCUGUACGUUACAUCUUAAAUCAGAACAGCAUCUAAAAUCCCAUUCAACUAGAAGUGCUAUGCUUCAAAUCAGCUGUUCUCGCAAAAGUACUAUUUCCUGUUCACAUGUCUGUUGCAUGAGUGGGAUAUGACACGCCGAUAUCGAUUGUGGUUAUCUCACUCGGCUUUGAAACGUAGUAGUGGUAAAAAUAUUUUGUGCGAAUAGUUAGUUUGAAGCAAAGUUAUUGUAGGUAAGUAAAAUCUAAUUAUAUACUCUGGGUUAGGGUAGAUAUGAAACUUUAAUUGAUCAGUAAAAAUAAAAAUAUAGUAUGCUAUUCAUGUCAUGAUUGUUAGUUAUCGUAUGUAGUUUUCCCAAAAGUUACAAGAGAGACACGAUAGCCAGGUUUUUGAGAGCGCAACGCUGUUUUAAACAGUUACUUCAUCUAUAAGAAAAUAUAUAUUGAAAAGCUGUUACGGUAUAACUUGGCAAUUAGAAAUUUUCAGAACCACCCCCUUCCCCCCCCCUUCUUAAAUUUCUGGAUACAUCCAUCUAUUAGUGAAUAUUCCUUGUACAUAGCCUUGUUUAGAGCUAAAGUCGCAAAUGAAAAUACGAAUAUAUUCGUAUAAAGUAUUACUUAUAUUAACUGGCAUUAUACACAUAUUAUAUGCUGGUUUACAUUAACAGAUGAAAAAUGUUGUUCGGAGAUAGCAUUAACACUAUUAUAAUAUCUGUUGUUUCGUUAUUGGUUGCAUAUUACUUCUAUCUGCGUGAAUACAAAUGGAAGCGAUUCCCGCCUGGACCUAUGGGAAUACCUUUGCUAGGAUAUGCCCCGUUUCUUGGAGAUAAAGCUUCGGAAAAAAUGAUGAAAAUUGCGGAUAACUAUGGACCUAUUUUCUCUCUUAAAAUGGGUGAUCAAACUUGGGUUGUAUUGAAUACAUAUGACAUUCUUCAUGAGGCACUGGUGAAGCACGGGGAAGUAUUCUCAGGCCGUCCGCAAGUGCACAUAUAUAAAACCUUUACAAAGGGUUUAGGGAUCGGAUUCGUUGACUAUGGGCCUUUCUGGAAGGAACAAAGAAAAUUCGGAAUGAAUACUUUAAAAAGAUUUGGAUUCGGAAAUGUAUAUAUGGAAGAUUUCAUUUCAGAAGAAGUCCAAUAUCUUAUCGACGAAGUUGAAUCAUACAACGGUAAAUCGUUGAACUGUCAUAGUUUAAUUUCCAACGCCGUAGCUAACAUCGUCUGCAGAAUGACAAUGAGCAAACGAUUCCCAUAUGGAGAUAAAGAUUUCAAUGAGAUGCUGAGAUUGAUGAACGAAAGCUUUUCCGCCGCACUGGAUGGGAAACUGUACAGAAUCAUGGUUCUGGCUCCGUUUACGAGAUUUCUACCGGUAUUCUGGAGUUGUUACAACCGAUUGGGGAAAUCGAGGAAAGUUCUAUUGGAUGCUCUGCAAGCUGUUGUUGACGAACACAAACAAACUUACGAUGAAAACAAUAUUCGAGAUUUCAUCGAUGAAUUCAUCAAAGAAAUGAAAACACAAAAUGACGAGAAUUCGAAUUUCACGGAUGAGCAAUUGGUUCAUUACGUGAGCGACUUGUUCGUAGCUGGGACUGAAACAACCUCAAGCACUUUGCGUUGGUGUAUGUUAUGUCUUGCAACCUACCCAGAAAUUCAAGAAAAAUUGUUUCAUGAGAUACAGAGCGUAAUUGGCAUAAAACGAGCACCAAGUCUUAAAGACAAAGAUUUGAUGCCAUACACAUGCGCUUUCAUUCAUGAAAUCACGAGACAUAGGAUCGUAUUGAACAUUUUUGUUCCGCACAAAACAACUGCGAGUGUCAUGUUCAAAGGAUUCUAUAUCCCAAAGAAUACUCCAAUCAUUGCACACCCUUGGUCGGUUCAUUUCGAUCCACAAUAUUUCAAAAACCCUCGUGAAUUUCUGCCUGAAAGAUUCAUUGGAGAAGAUGGAAAGUUCGUUCCAAGUCCGCAAGUUAUUCCUUUUUCCCUUGGACCUCGAUACUGUCUCGGAAAAAGGCUUGCAAAAGCAGAAUUGUUCAUCUUUAUCACAGGAAUUGUACAAUGGUUCAAGAUAUUACCGGACCCAGAAAACCCGCUUCCAUCGUUCCACGAAGGAGUUGAAGGCGGAGUACAUGCACCUCAUGAUUUUAACGUAAUAUUUUCUCGUCGCAAAUGCUUCUUUCUCGAUGUGGUCUCGUGUAGAAUACCGCAAGAUUAAAUAAUUUAUCUACGAUAAAACUCCACCAUGACACCUUAAAAAUUUACUAAAAACAAGAUGGAUUCUGGAAAGUGGCGAAGAAUUCCAAUUAGAUUCAUAAUAUGAGACAUAAAAUUACUACAUGGGUGCAUGUACCUCAUGGCCCAUGUCAUCUUUUCUCUUCGCUAAGUUUAGUGAAAGGUGUUUGAAAAAUUAAAAAAAAGACGAUGAAAACUUUUUAAUGCACUUGUACGGGACAAUACUACAAAAUAAAUAAAUUUCCAUUGCAUUCUUUAAGCUUUUAAGAACACCCUACAUAACAUCUGCUUAUUCAUCAUUAUACACAUAGUAGUAUUAAAUGGUAUCUAUAAGCUUGUUUUAUAUUGUUUACUUGUUUUAAAUUAUAUACUGUAAAGACGUUUGAUUACUGAAACUUAUAUUAUAGAGCCCCCUUCUGCCUCAAAAAACGUAACCCAUACAUUUUUUAAUCACAUUCAGGAAAAUGAAAAAUACUUAUUUAACAUUCAACAUCUUUUGUCUGUAUAUGACAGUAUUCAAAUGUUUUAGUAAUAUAAGACACGUUGCACAAAAAUUUUGAUUUCUAGAAUAUGUUCCGAAUGAUCUGGGUCUAUCUUUAUAAGUCACCGUAUAUGUUUGAAAUUUAGAUGCGUAUGCAUAAGUUUUGUAGUACAUGGUGUCCAUAAAGUCCCUUCACAAUUUUAAUUGUUUUACGAAGUCAGUUUUCAAUAUAUCUUAACCAGGUUUGUUGUUUUUAUUAUAAUCAGUAAUUGUCUAAGUAGUUCUACUUCAUUCGAUACAUCUGUGAGAGUCGAAAAAUCGAAAUCAUCAAAUCGAAAAAUUCCAUUUGUAUUUUAAAUUAUUUUAAGACUUUAUGGACACCCUGUAUUAUAUAGCAAAUAUAUACAUUGUUUUUAUUUUUAUAUGUUCUUUAUUUUUCUUUGAAAUAUCACUGUUCAAAUCUACUGCUGUUUGCGCGUGAUUGUACUCAAAAGUUUCAGUUGUACUCAAAAGUACGCUUUGCACAAAAGUUAUAUUAUCUCUAGAAUAUGUUCCAAAUGACCUGGGUCUGUCUUUAAGGUCAUGAACCAAAUUCAGUUUAGUGACUUUUGAUGUAUUAUAUAGAAAAUAUGAGUAUUGUUUUUAUUUAUAUAUAUAUUGUUUACUUCUCUCUGUACUACAAUUACUCAAAUCUACUUAUGUUUUUGUAUGAUCUUACCCAAAUAUUUCUGUAAUCUAGGACGCUUGCACAAGAAAGUUGUUUUUUCUUUAGAAUAUGUUCCAAAUGAC